CGUAUGUCCACAGGAGUGUCCUGUGAUGGCGCGUGCAUGUUUGCUGUUUGUUUUCAAGGCGCUGUUACAAUUUUGUGGGGCGACGCAAUGCGAAAGUGAUCAGGUGGCGAAUCUCCAGAACAUCUUCAAGGCUUCCAAGGUUGAGAAGGAGGUGGCGGGAAGAUCAUGUCCCCCGAACCAGCUCAAUGCAGGCAUUUGCCCUGAUGGUAGCUGCACAGGUUGCACAGGGGGCGAGGUGAUUCCGACCACUGCAAUCCCAGGGUUUCCACCUGGUUCCCUGACUUGUGGUGAAGAAGCAUGCAGCUUAGGAGAUAUUUCAAGAGAUUUCUAUGAGUUCAAGAACCCUUCGGACUAUUUGACCUGUGGGUCCGAAGCUGCUUGCAAUAUAUUUAAGGUGCAAAAUGCGUCAGCGAUUUGCUGCACUGGUUCUGGCAGCUGCAAGGAGAGCUUCUUUAAGCUUCAGCCUGAUCCUUCCUGUGGUGGCGAUGUGUGCUGCAGUGAAUCUAGUUGCCAAGAGAGCAGCUUCCGCUCGGUGCGCAGCAUGGCCUGCCUUGGUAACAAUGCCUGCGAGAAAGACACCUCCGUGACCUUGACUGGGGACCUGAUCGUAGGUGCGGGUGUUCAAGCAGGAGGCGAAUCAACAUUCACCUUCAUUAACGCAGGAAACCACUGCGUCCGAACUGUUGGAGCUUCGGUCAAUGCUUUGGUUCAGGCAACUUUGGUCGUGCAGCAAGCGAGCAACGUUCGCAUGCUUUGCGAUAAAACAGCGAGCUGCGUGGAGGCUGAUGUUUUUCUGUCCGCUAGAUCAUGUUUUCAUGUCACCUGUGGAGACUUUGAUGAUUGCCAAAAUUUCGACGUCUUGCCGCUCGAUUUCCAGUGCUUCUGCACCGGCGACGACGGCUGUGAUUGGACAAAUGAUUAUCCCAAUACUUUAUAUUGCUAUAAAACUACAACUACAGAUCCAGAUCCAUGUGGCAAUGACAUUUGCCCUGGGACCUCUCCCGUUUGCUUGCAAAGUGAGACCGCAUCAACUGCAAUGGACCUCUUCAACUGCAAUCUCCUCGCCAAUGGACCUUGCGCCACAACCAGCACCAGCACCCCCGGUGGUGGCGUUGGGGGUGAUCCACAUCUUCGUACGUUAGAUGGACGGCACUACACACUGAUGCAGCAGGGCAACUUUCUCCUGUGGGCUUUCUCAGGCUAUGAAACCGAAGUCCUCGUGCAGGGGACUACGAAGAAAGUACCGGUGGACUUUGAAAUCUUCACCCACUAUGCAGGCCAUGCUUCUUUCACGAAAGGUUUUCUGCUCGUUGACAAGUCUCAAACAGUUCCCCGCCCAGCUUUAGAGGUGACCACGAAAGAUUGCCGCUGGCACCACUACAACAUGACCGCCAUGGUGUGGCGUCCCGUGGGUCCCGUGGCCGGGCACUUGAAGCUUGUGGCAAUCAGAUGCAAUCAGAGGCAACAGCCAAAGACCAGCGAAAAAGACGUGAGAAAAUCACCGGAAUUCUGCAAAAUCUUUGAUUUAACUCAGGAAACUGAGAGAUUUCGAUGGCGCUCAAUUUGGCGCUUUCAACCUCUCGGAAUCCAAACAUGGGCCAGAAAGGCUCAAGCUCUUGAUCAACGACAAAGGCAGCGUCAGGACAUUGGCGCAGCUCUGGAUCAGCUGCCGGCCCGGUCACCAACUCUCCGUGAAGAUCAAGAUGUCUUCACAGAAAGAUCUGCGCUUCGUCCAUGGGGAGCUGGCACCGGGACGUUUGAGCUUGGCUACAGGUUUGGAGGGCAACCGUGAAGGCACUGUGAUGGCUACAGAUGCGGAGUUCGCCGUGGCGUCGGACUGGGCUGCCCUUGGAGGAAGCCCAGAUGCUGCAGCUUAUUUCAACGCAGUCGACACGAAAGGACCAUCACUGGUCUUGAUGUCAUGCACGCAAGAAGAUAAGGAGGAGUAUGCCAAGACUUGCCGGAAAUACCUGGGAAAUUCCAGAGAGGCCUUGUACAAAGAGGUCAUGGAUGAUUGCAUCUUCGAUCUGUGUAGUGGUGGUGGUGAAACCUCAGCAGAACUGGCUGCGGAGAUUUUUUACGCCACUUAAGGCAUUUUUCGCACAUAUUUCGGGACCCAGGACGGCGCACCUGUGUCAACUGGAAUUUUGGGGUCCUCUGUUUUAAGACGGGCAAAGAGACCGUACACCAGAGAUGUAGCCAUGCAAUUAUAUUUAUUUGAGCAGCAAUUGCAUAGCAAGGGUCUACACACGUAUACAAAUGCUAGCAAGGCAAAAAA